AAAUAACAAAAAAUAUACAUGCACUUAAAUUGAAAUUAAACAGGUGCUGCAUAACGGUCGCUUAUCGACUAUCGAUAGCUUCGUACUCCACCAACGCGCAACAGCUGAUUUUUGAGCUGGGCUUAACCGUGAGAGCAGGUUGUGGAAAAGUUAGAAACGGGUUGUUGUUAGUAUAGAAACUUAAAAGCGGAGAAUAGCAUUGGAUACACGCACGUAGAGGCUGUAACCACAAUUAGAAUUUCAAUUAGCAUUCGCUGAGUGCACUCACUGUUUGCAAAUUGUUGAUUUUUGCAGUGCAUGCGCGGGGGUGUGUCAUUGUUGGCAACGAGAGAACGUGAGAAAAAGUAUAAACAAUAAAAGCAAACAUGUCGAUGAGUAAUUUAUCAGUGGACGGCGAGUUCCGUUAUAUUGUUCAAUGGUUUAACGAAUGGAGUGAGCUGCAACGCGACGAUUUUGUGUAUGUGUUUGUGGAGUAUCUAACAAAAGACACGUCUGGGGGCGAUGUCGAUGCUGGAGCGGCAGGCGGCGUCUAUAUGAACGGCGUUGUAAAUGCCCUGGCCACGUCCGGAGUGCAGGACAAGCCUAUGAGUCUAUUUCAAUGCCGCAUUAAACUGUUUCGUCAAUGGAGCCCCAAGUGGCCUAUUGAGUUUAAAGCAAAACUGCAAGAGAAAAUUAACGAACUCGACCCAAAAGUGGGAGAAAAGAUCAUCAAUGAGCUGAAGGGGCCACACUCACUGCACAAUGGCGAUGUCUCUGUUCAUUUAAAUGUAAAUGGAACUAGCGGCAACCGAGAAGACGAAUUGGAACACUUGUCAUCAGAAACAGAAAGAUUGCCAAGCACAAGCGCGCCAGUUGCAGUCACAGUCGCAGUCGCAGCUAACGAUGUUGUUGACCAGACAUUGGGAGUGGACAGUGAUGAUAACCAUUUGGCUGAGGUAUUGCGUCAAGAAACGCCAGUUGAUGACGACGAUCAGCUACAGCUGCAGGUCGCUGCCAAUGAACGCAAUGUUGAUACAAAUAACAUGCAUGCAUCGUCGUCAGCAGUGACAACGAUUGCGGUGAAUGCGACGCCGCCGCAGCCGCAGCCUAACGACGAACCUGUAGAACAGGUCGAGAAUAACGUUUCAGCGAGUGUCAUUGUCUCUGUUACUGCCGCUGCCGGCGCUGAAGUGGUCCCGGUGGCAUAGAUACACAGCUACUUAUGGUCUAAUCGGACAACGAGGCGAACUCAACACGGCAUUAUAAUAAGCCAUUCGAAUUACUGCAUUCCAUAUAAAAUUACAUACAUACAUUCACUAGGCAGUUAGUCUAAAUGUUAAGCUAAUGUGCGAUAUCUGUAUCAAUCAAUUGAGACUUGCUAAAUGCAUUAAUUUUAAGCACUACUUCAGAUCAAAAUAUAUGAGAGCAACAUCAAAAGUUGUCAACUAAUUUGCUCAUC